AUGAAAUCUGAAUUAUUAGAAAGUUCAAAGAAGAUAAAGAUUCAAUGCCAAUCUUCUUUACUUUUCGUGGAGGAUGAAGAGUAUGAUUAUCAUCAUCUCAUUAGAGAUACUUGUGUAUUCAGUGUCUAUCCUUCAACUUCUACCAAUAAUAGCAUUACUCUUGUUAUUGAUGCAAGUGUUAUAGAUAAAUGCAUCACGACAGCCACCAACAAAGAGAAAGCAAAACAAACACUCGAAUUGAUCGAGCAACUCUGGAGUAGAUACAGAAUACAUAUCAAGUGCUCGCUAAGAUGCUUGCAAACUUCAGUACUCGAAUUCAUCCAACGAAUGAAUAAACCGAUCGACAUUGAAACUUGUGGUGUUACAGGACAUAUAUUGGUGGAUGUUAUCGAUCGAUUUCCAGAAUUCACAGCAACCAAUUUGGAAGAGCUCAUCGAUAAUCCUGGGGAAUAUGAUCUACUAAACAAUCGACACCUUAAGAGACUCGACUGUUCUUCAGAGUACCAAAUCACAAAGGAAUUAUCUAUUCGCUCGACCUAUUCAUUGACUAGUUUCCAUUAUGAACUAUAUAAUAGAGUCGAGAAUGUAGAUUGUGAAGUUAGAUUUCUCAAACAAUGUCCUCAUCUUUCUAAAUUUAAACUUUACAUGUCAUAUGAAAUCGUUUGCAUCGAAUCGUUGGUCGAGUUUAUCUCAGAGUCGAAAACUCUCAAGAAUGUUGUAUUUCUCCAUGACUUUGAUGAUUCUAUUGUAUCUGCUUUCAUGAUGAACAGCAACCUCAGAAAAUUAAGAUUUUCUAAUCCUCGACAACACACCAAAAGCAAUUGGAAAAUUAACAAACAAUUACCAACAAUCAUAAAUACAACACUAAGAUCUUUAGAUUUUACAGUCAGACUUAGUUCAAUUGAUAUCGAUGAUUAUCAAAUCUAUAUAGAGCCAACCAAAUAUUUUGUUAAUCUUCAAACUUUGAAACUGGCAAUGCUUACUAUCAAUAGUCAUGAUCAAUGGUUACAAUCACUUGGUAGCCAUACAACAGUUCAAUAUCUCUCUAUCUCUCAUGUACAUAUGCUACGGUGUCCAAGUGAUUAUCAUAGUAGUAAUGUAUUCAAACAGAUUCUCACAGAUAGUACGACACUUAGACGUUUGUCAUUACAUGAUAACUUCUUUGAAUCAUUCAAUGAUCUCGAUCAUUUCAUUCAUUUAGUACAUGAAAGUAAAUCAUUAGAGAUACUUCAUAUCAACUCAAAGAAAUACGAUUACCUUAUCUCCAAUCUGAAACAAUUCGAAUAUAUUAGUUCAAAUAGAUAUACUGGGCGUGUUUUAAAACAUUAUAUUUUAAUUGAAAAAAUAUCAAAAAAGAUGAAGAUUUAUCUUUUUUUUUUAAUGUUAUUUCUUAUUGGAAUGGUAAUUUGUCAGAGUGAUGACGAUAAUGAAGUUUGUGGACCUGUUUCACUUACAAUAAAGCCAGAAGAUAAAAAGUAUUACAAUGUUAAUCUCAAAGGAAAGAUGUGUUACAAACAUUUCUAUUUCAAAUUCUACCAAAGUGAUAUGGAGUAUUUUGAACUCUAUAAUCCAUGGAUCAACAGAGAAAUGAAUGUAGACUCUAUUUUAAUUGUCACCAAUAAUACUAAAUUGAAACUAAUCAAAAAUAUGGUGUUUAUUAAAGAUACCGAUGGUCUCUAUGAAAUAUUUAUAGUGCCCAGACAUUAG